AUGCAGAGAAUAUUAGAGAAGAAACACUUCAGAAACAAACAGAAAGAGAUAGAAUACAUUUCGAAGAAAUUGCAAUCUUACGAUUGGAAGACUUACCCUCAUAGGUGUCUUCUUAUCUUAGAUGACUUUGCUUCUCAUCCUUUGUUAAAGAACAGAGAACAAGACAUGUGUCGAAUUCUUAAGAAACUUAGGCACUUUAACAUCUCAGUUGUCAUUUGUGUACAGACAGCAAAGAGUUUAAGUAAGGAUGUUAAAAGAAUACUUACUGAUAUCAUACUUUUCCCUGGAUUGUCCGAAGACGAUUUCAUGGAACUUAUGAAAGAGUCCAUGGCAGGUAAGUUUGACAGACAUGAACUAUGGGAGAAGUACAAAGUCAUACAAGACCCUCAUACUUCUUUCAGAAUUCACAUCUACGCGAACAAAGUUCAAAUUGUAAAAAGUCAAGCUUGA